UCUGGCUCUCCGGUCGGAGGAGAACAUCCAGCACCAACAUGGACCCUGACACCAGGAGGAAAAUGAAGGAUAAGUUUGGCCUGAGGCAGGACAUCUUCAGGGAGUUCCUGGCUGAAUUUCUGGGCAUCUUUAUGCUGAUACUCUUUGGAUGCGGUUCAGUGGCCCAGACGGUGCUGAGCAGAGGAACAAUGGGAGAGCUCCUGACAAUCCAUUUUGGGUUUACUCUUGGAGUCAUGAUCGCCGUUUACAUAUCAGGAGGCGUGUCAGGAGGCCAUGUGAACCCUGCAGUCUCUUUCGCUAUGGUGAUUCUGGGGCGGUUACCUGUGAAGAAGUUCCCUGUGUACAUGGCAGCACAGUUUCUGGGGGCUUUUGCUGGAUCCUGUGCAGUCUACGGAUUGUAUUAUGAUGCCCUGAUGGAGUUUACCAAUGGAGAAUUUGCUAUUACGGGUGUCAAUGCCACAGCCAACAUUUUUGCAUCCUACCCUGCCAAGCAUCUCUCAGUCCUAAAUGGAUUUGGUGAUCAGGUAAUUGCAACUGGAGCAUUGAUCCUGUCCAUCUUAGCAAUCACUGACAGGAAGAACAUAGGUGCUCCAAGAGGCAUGGAGCCUCUGUGCAUUGGCCUCAUCAUCUUGGCCAUCGGAGUGUCUAUGGGGUUCAAUUGUGGCUAUCCCAUCAACCCAGCACGAGAUCUCAGCCCACGGAUCUUCACUGCAGUGGCUGGUUGGGGAAUGGAUGUCUUCAGAGCUGGAGGUUGUUGGUGGUGGAUCCCAGUGGCAGGGCCCAUGGUCGGUGGCGCACUUGGGGCAGGCGUUUACUUUCUCUUCACCGAAUUGCACCAACCUGAGGCUGAGAAACAGGAGGGGAACAAUGUCCAGGACAAAUAUGAAAUGGUAACUGAGAAUUAAAAUGUAUCAGUAA